AUGCAAAGGCUGGAGGAUUGUUCAAUUGAGAUAAUAAGUGGAGUUUUAGUGGUUAACAAUCGAGUUGAAAGUUGUAGUAAAUUGAUAUAUAUUGGGGGUUUGGGGGAUUCGGUGGUGGGUGGAUAUGUUGGCCAGUUAAUGGAGUUUGGGCGUAAACAUGGCGUACAGGUAAUAAGUCUUGGAUUGCGAUCUAUGCCAUAUUAUGGCAUGCAUUCAAUUAAUGAUGAUGUGGUGGAUUUGGAAACAGUUUAUAAAUACUUAGAGUUAGAUAGUCAAGAUAGUGUUUGGUUGUUAGGACACUCGACGGGCUGUCAAGUGAUUAUGCUCUUCUUAGGUGAAAAGCGGGACAGUCGAAUUAAAGGAGCUAUUCUGCAGGGGCCAGUAAGUGAUCGGGAGUAUGAAGAACACACUAAUCCGCAUCUAGCUGAGCAGAUAAAGAUUGCAGAACAGACUUCUGGUGUGCUGCCAUUUAAGCACCAGGGCCAGUACAUUAUUGCCGAGCGGUUUCUGAGUCUCUUUAAGGAGGGUGGGAAGGAAGACUUCUUUAGCUUAGGACAGGAGACAGGUCAUAUGAACCAAGCACAGGUACCUCUUUAUGCCAUUGUGAGCAGCCAGGAUGAGUACUUGGUAGCCGAUUCAGAGGCAGUUAAGACCCACUUAAUGAGCAUUAGUAAUAUGGUGAAUGUAGAAAUCCUAGAGGGAAAUCAUUCAUUGUUAGACAAUCUUCCUCAGUUUUUCAAGAUACUAGCUGAGAUUGUCCAAUUACAACAAUAA